UUGCGAUGGGUUGAUUCUGAUUGGCGUGGUGCAUAAUUAUCCACAAAACUCGUGACACAAAAAGAUAAAAGUCUCAAGUGUUGUUUGUACAAGCUAGCUUCUGUUAAAGUAUAAAUAUGGCAGUAAAUAUGCAAACUAGUAGCCCGAAUUUUUGUAGCAAUUCUUGAAAUUAAUAUCUAAAUUUGGAGUUGCAUAAUGAGGGAAUGCCUAAAUCAUGGUAGCAUUUUGGAUAUUAAAUGAAUCCAAGAAAAAGGGUGGCUUAAUGCUAAGAGGCUUUGAUGGUAUAAAGCUUAAAGGUUGAGGUAUUGCUGUUUGGAAAGUGCAAAAAUGGCCCUUUUGGAUCUAUUCGCGGCGUCUUCUGUUCCUGUGGUGAAAGUGCUUCUGGUGACUGCGUUGGGCUCGUAUCUUGCUGUGGAUCGCGUCAACAUUCUAGGAGACGAUGCUAGGAAGCAUUUGAACAAUAUUACGUUCUUUGUUUUUAACCCAGCCCUCGUCUACAGCAACUUAGCCAGCACAUUAACAUUUGAAAGCAUGGUUGAGUUGUGGUUCAUGCCCUUUAAUAUCCUCAUCACGUUCAUUUUUGGUUCUGUGCUAGGAUGGGUGGUCAUUCAAUUCACGAGACCUCCUUCCCAUCUUCAUGGACUCGUUAUAGGUUGUUGUGCUGCAGGGAACUUGGGAAACCUGCUUCUGAUUAUAAUCCCAGCAGUGUGUAGAGAGAGUGGAAGCCCUUUUGGCGACAGUGAUGUUUGCGUCAAAUACGGAAUGGCAUACGCCUCACUCUCGAUGGCAAUAGGAGCAAUUUAUCUGUGGUCCUAUGUAUACAAUAUCGUUAGAGUAUCCUCAAGUCGGAGCUCAAGAGAAGUCGAGAUCAUUGACUCUCCCACCCAUAAGUCAUCAAGAGAGGGCUCUCCGUCUUCGUCUGGGAAGAGCCUGACAGAUCCUUUACUUUCUGAAACUGAAGACCAUGAAAUGGGAUUAGGACAUGGAUUUGAGAGCAAGCCUCAUCAGGUUUCUGUAGCAGACAAGAUAAAGCAAAGAUUAGGGUCAGUUUUCAAUAAGAUGAACUUGAAGAAGAUAUUAGCACCAUCAACGACAGGAGCGUUUGUCGGGUUUGUAGUUGGACUCGUGCCACAAAUCCGAGGACUGCUAAUCGGUGAUGAAGCUCCAUUCCAUGUACUACAAGACACUGCACUUCUGAUCGGGAAUGGAGCCAUUCCAGCUGUCACACUUGUCAUGGGUGGAAACCUUUUAAGAGGUUUAAGAGGUUCGGGAAUUCAGAAGUCUGUUAUUUUUGGAGUUCUAGGUGUUCGGUACCUUGCCCUGCCGCUGUUAGGCAUUGCAGUGGUUAAAGGGGCGAUCCGGUUGGGUUUAGUGCAUGAUAAUCCACUGUAUGAGUUUGUUCUUUUGCUGCAAUUUGCCAUUCCCCCUGCAAUGAACAUUGGAACAAUAACUCAAUUGUUUGGUGCUGGUGAGAUGGAAUGCUCUGUGAUUAUGUUAUGGUGUUAUUCAUUGGCUUCUGUUGCUCUCACUGUAUGGUCAACAUUUUUUCUGUGGCUCGUCUCUUAUUGAACGCACAUUACUAAGGGAUGAAUAGCGCUACACAAUGCUCGACUUACUUGAUGGUUUAACAAACUUUGAUUGGAGAUCUGCAGGUUACUUUUUAAUGAUUUUGGAUGUUAGCUUGUGUUGUAGUUCAACUGUAGUAGGUGAUAAUGUUGUUGUAGACGAAAUUCAUUUGUUGUAUUUAAGUGCUUUCGACUAAAUGAUGUUGAAGACAUGAAAUGAAACAGUUACUAUUCCAGCAAAUUUCAAUGUGAAUAGUAAGAUACUACUAACUAGAGAGCUACCUACAACAAUAUAUAUUGAGGCCAAGAGAGCAUAGUUCCCCUAAAAGAUGCAGGCUCACUCUCAUCCAGACCAGCAACAGCUGAUGCCACUGUGGGUAUUCAUGCCAGUUUACUAGAAUUCAUCAAAUUUAAAUUAGUGAGAAUAAGGUAGGAAAAUGAGCUGGGAUUUCAAGAAUUACUACUCCUGAAAAUGUGUAGAGGCAGAGUCUCCGGGAAAGAGAGCUUGAUUUGUCACCAAUUCAGGUUCAGCUGAGACAUUCAAAAUUCAAUCAACCAAAAUAUCUCAAAUCUCAGAGCUAGGAGGAGGUGUGUACAAAAUGCAUAUAUAUAGUUGUUCACUUUUCAGUUGGUUAGAGAUUACAUAAACACUGAUAUACAAGAAGCUAGCAAGCUCGUGGUUCUUGUUCAUGGAUGUAGAUCAAUUAAGAUUGAGAAAAACCGCGGCCACUGAUCGAGUGUAGCAAAGACAUAGACGUCAAAAACCUUGCUUGGCUGCAGCAGGGGAUUUGGGUGGGCAUUAUUGUAUCUGUAUGGAUGGGAAACAUACGAGGUGUGUAUUCUCCAAGGUUGCUCUCUUAAGCGCCAAUUUGCAUUUGCCAUACGAUCACGUGUUUUCGGUUGAACUCUCUUCAUUUUCUUUGUUUAGAAUUAUAUUAGAGUUAUUUUCA